ACAGACGGUAUGUUUCAAAGCUCACACAAAAUCUGAAUUUUUAAUACUAACGAAUUGUAGUUUGCUCCGGCACAAUCAAUACUUUCUUGUUAAUCGAAGUUCUGUUUCCGGUAUUCUUAGCUGCAUCGCAUUAAGAAUUCCUACAAUGGCUUCAUUUGGGCUGGCAAAUCCUAACGCAGCGAUGGGCGGAACAACAGGUCCCGUCGAAGUUGCGACUAUUUUUUCUGCAGCUUCGGAAGGUAACCUUGCGUUGCUACAAUCGUCCAUGACUCAAUUGAACUUCGCCGUUACUGCCGCCGACGAAAAUGGAUAUACACUAUUGCAUGCUGCUUCCUCUUACGGUCAGCUUGGAGUGCUUCAAUAUAUCCUAAGCAAUCUCGACAGGAACAACCCAACCCUCACGGCCUUUAUCAACGCAGGCGACAACGACGGCGACACGGCACUUCAUUACGCUGGAAAUGCAGAUGCGGCUCGAAUGCUGGUAGAAGACGGAAGAACUGACACCCACAAAGUUAAUAGUCAGGGUAAGACUGCUUUACAAGCCAAGACUGAAGAAUUGGAGGAAAUGAAGCAGGACGAAGAUAUAGAAGAUGACGAUGAAGACUUAGAGGCUGCGCAAAAGUUGAUAGAAUACCUAUCGACUCUGCCAUAAAAAAUUAUGUGUUGAAAUUAUUUUCCAAAAGAGAAAGGCAGGAAAGCUGAAAUACAAGAAUGUAAAGAUCUAUGAAGAAAAGAAAUCGUGAUCCGCGUUCUUACGAUAUCUUAAUAAUCAAUCAAAAAUCAU